AUGCAACAACAAUUUAUUGUACCUUCGGAUAAUGAAAUUUUAGAAGCGAUUGGUAAACCUGUCCCUGCCAUGUUUAUUCCAGGUGAUUGCUUUCAAAAUUUGAAAUUACCAGGACCAAAUGAUUGGCUCAACCGAUACAAGGAAGAAGGUCAAACAUUUUACAACUUUAUUUCUUCACAGGAAGAAAAUCCUGAAGAAGAAACAGAAAAGAGAAUUUAUCUUGUUCCUGUUGGAUCAUUUGAGAAAGAAAAUGCUCCUGAUUUGAAUGUUUUAUUGGAAUAUAUUUCUGUGUUUUUUAAUUGUGGAAAUGUUCAAUUACUUCCACGUAUUGAAUUGAUUGGAGAAGAUCAAGUUAAAAUGGAGGAAAAACAGGUUGUUACAAAUAGUAAUUUACAUUCUAAUCACUUGUUGAGUGCAAAAACAAAAAACUCAGUUUCAGAUAAAAUUGCCAAACAGAGGAAACAACAGAAUUCAUCAAAAUAUAUAAAUGAACAUAAUCAUUGGAAUUUUACUCAUGAUAAUGCACUUACAAUACAAACUCAAGAUAAAUCUUUGAAUGAAUCAGUUUCACCUAAACAGAGAAAGAAAAAGAAACGAAAAAAGGAAAAAGUUGAAAAAAAGAAAAUGUAUUUAAAAAUUGGAGAUUCAUAUGAGGCAGUAACAUGUAGGAAAGCAUUAGACCAUGAUCAGAUACAGUUAUCAAUUUCUGACGUAUUGGAUGUGUUAGAAAUGCAAGUUUUACCUGAUGAUGCAUUUUGCAUGAUUGCCUUGACACUAACUGAUUUGUAUAUGGACGAGGAUGAUUUAUUUGUUGUGGGAUGGGCUGGGAACUUUUCUGCUCUCUUUUCAUUUGCUAGAUAUGAUCCAAAUUUUACUCAUACUUUGAAUGGAGGUAGAACUUCAGCUUCUUCUCAUCAACAAACUGAGGAAAACAAUAAUUUGGGAGUUAAUCAAAGAAUUGAUCUUAUUCUGAAGAGAUGUUUAAAAACUGUUGUACAUGAAACGUUGCAUAUUUUUGGACUAAGACACUGUAUAUUUUAUUCAUGCUUAAUGAAUGGAACUGCUUCACUGCAUGAAGAUGAUGAGACACCAAUGUUUAUGUGCCCUAUUUGUGAAAGGAAACUUCAAUACGUUUUAAAGUUUGAUGUGAUAAAUAGGUAUAGGAAAAUGUUGGACUUUUUCGAGAAUUAUUUAUCAACUCACAAUUUUGGAGAAGAGGUUCAGUGGAUUAAGAAGAGAAUUUCAUUUCUCGAAUCUAUUCAACACGAUAAUUCAAAUGAAUCAAAGUAUGGAGACAUUCUACUGCCAAUGAGACCAGCAACGAGUGAACGAGAUGUCUUUAUGAGUCCAAUGCACCCACCUCUCAACUCAAUGAGUGAGCUCUUACUAUCUCAUCAACAAAAUUCAAACAGAAAUCGAUGUCGAUGUAAUAAUUAUCUUUGUAAAUAUACUUCCUCAACUGGAGAAGAUUCAAGUGAAACCGAUACAGAUGAUUCUAAUGAGUAA